AAAGAAAAAGGUAUCGGCAGCCAUAGCCGAACAACAAAGCAAGGCCAAGCAGCAAUGGUGAAAGCGUACCUGAGGUACGAGCCAGCGACGUCGUUUGGAGUAAUAGCAUCAGUAGAAUCAAACAUAACGUAUGAUAAUUCCGGGAAGCACCUUCUAGCUCCGGCGCUGGAAAAAGUUGGAGUUUGGCACGUGCGGCAAGGUGUCUGCACUAAAACCCUAGCUCCUACGUCUUCCUCUUCCUCUCGUAACGGGGCAUCGCUCGCUGUUACCUCUGUUGUAUCAUCCUUAAUCAAUUCUUCUCUGGUAGCUAGUGGUUAUGCAGAUGGCAGUAUAAGAAUUUGGGAUAGCGAUAAAGGAACCUGUGAGACCACAUUGAAUGGACACAAAGGAGCUGUUACGGUUCUACGUUAUAACAAGUCCGAGUCAUUGCUGGCAUCUGGAAGUAAAGAUAAUGAUGUUAUACUGUGGGAUGUUGUUGGAGAGACUGGUCUUUUUCGCCUUCGUGGGCAUCGCGAUCAGGUCACUGACCUCGUUUUCUUGGAUUCUGGUAAAAAACUUGUUAGUUCUUCCAAAGACAAAUUUUUGAGGGUUUGGGAUCUUGAUACACAGCACUGUAUGCAGAUUCUUAGUGGCCAUCACAGUGAAAUUUGGUCUAUAGAUGUUGAUCCUGAGGAAAAAUAUUUGGUUACUGGUUCUGCUGAUCCAGAACUUCGGUUUUACACUAUUAAGCAGGAUUCGAUGAAUGGACAAGGUUUAUCCAAUGGAAAUGGGAUGGACAUUGUAAAGGCUGGAGAUUCAUCUACUCAAAGUAAAUGGGAGAUUCUGAAGCUAUUUGGUGAAAUUCAGAGGCAGAAUAAAGAUAGAGUUGCUAUGGUGAGAUUCAAUAAGUCCGGAAAUUUAUUGGCUUGUCAAGUGGCAGGCAAAACAGUAGACAUAUUCAAUGUUUUGGAUGAGAAUGAAGCAAAACAUAAAGCAAAGCGUCGACUUCACAGAAAGAAAGAGAAGAAAUCUGCAAAAGCAGCAAUUGGGGCAACUGAAAAUAGUGAUGCAAUAACUGAAGAAGAUGGAGGUGUCCUCAUGGUUACGGUCUCUGAUGUUUUCAAGCUUCGUCAAACAAUUCGAGCAGGCAAAAAGAUCUGUUCCAUCUCCUUUAAUCCAAUCACUCCUAGAAACGCCUUGGCUACAUUAGCACUGUCUUUAAAUAAUAAUUCACUGGAAUUCUAUUCUGUCGAAACCACUACAGCAACAAAAUCUCUAUCUAUUGAGCUCCAGGGGCAUCGUUCUGAUGUCAGAAGUGUUACUCUUAGUUCAGACAAUACUCUCUUGAUGUCAACCAGUCACAAUGCAGUAAAGUUCUGGAAUCCAAGUACUGGUUCUUGUCUUCGAACUAUUGAUUCUGGGUAUGGACUGUGUGGCUUGAUUGUUCCACACAACAAAUAUGCACUCGUUGGAACUAAAGACGGGAAAUUAGAAAUAAUUGACGUAGGGAGCGGUACUUGCAUUGAUACUGUGGAAGCUCAUGGUGGUUCAGUACGGACCAUUGUUUCUAUUCCAAAUGAAAAUGGUUUUGUCACGGGUAGUGCAGAUCACGAUGUUAAGUUCUGGGAGUAUCAAGUUGAGCAGAAAGCUGGUCAAGACACAAAGUACCUUGCCGUGUCAAAUGUGAGGUCUAUGAAGAUGAAUGAGGAAGUUCUAGUGGUUGUAGUUAGCCCUGAUGCUAAAUACAUUGCUGUUGCUCUUUUAGACUACACUGUGAAGGUAUUCUUUGUGGAUACACUCAAGUUUUUCCUUUCAUUAUACGGUCACAAACUGCCGGUGCUAUGUAUGGACAUUUCAUCCGAUGGAGAUUUGCUAGUUACUGGUUCCGCAGAUAAAAAUUUGAAGAUAUGGGGUUUGGAUUUUGGUGACUGCCACAAGUCCCUUUUUGCCCAUGCUGAUAAUGUUAUGGCAGUAAAAUUCGUGCGCAGCACCCAUUACAUGUUCAGCGUAGGGAAAGAUUGCCUUGUUAAGUACUGGGAUGCUGAUAAAUUUGAGCUUCUUUUAACUCUCGAAGGCCAUCAUGCAGAUGUUUGGUGUCUUGCAAUCAGCAAUCGUGGUGAUUUUCUUGUUACAGGGUCUCAUGACCGGUCCAUACGUCGUUGGGAUCGGACUGAAGAGCCAUUUUUCAUUGAGGAGGAGAAAGAAAAAAGAUUAGAAGAAAUGUUCGAGGCUGACCUUGAUAGUACAUUUGAAAACAGAUAUGCUCCAAAGGAAGGACUUCCAGAGGAGGGAGCUGUAGCCUUGGCCGGUAAGAAAACUCAGGAAACGCUUACAGCAACUGACUUAAUUAUUGAAGCCCUAGAUAUAGCAGAGAUAGAAUCAAAGCGGAUUGCUGAGCACAAGGAGGAGAUAACCCAAGGAAGUGUUGCUGUAUUGCAACCAAACCCAGUGAUGCUUGGGCUUGUCCCAUCUGAUUAUGUUCUCCGUACGCUUUCAAAUGUUCGCACUAAUGAUCUUGAGCAGACAUUACUGGCUUUACCAUUUUCUGAUGCUUUGAAGCUUCUAUCUUACUUGAAGGAUUGGGCCUCAAAUCCUGAUAAGGUUGAGCUCGUUUGCAGAGUUGCUACUGUGCUAUUGCAGACGCAUUAUAAUCAGUUGGUUACAACCCCAGCUGCAAGACCUUUGUUAACUGUUCUUAAGGACAUUCUUUAUGCAAGAGUCAAGGAAUGCAAGGAUACACUCGGUUUCAAUCUUGCAGCAAUGGAUCAUCUCAAGGAAUUGAUGGCUUCAAAAUCAGAUGCACUCUUUCGAGAUGCUAAAGAAAAGUUGCUAGAAAUUCGUUUGCAGCAGUCUAAACGUUUGGAAGCAAGGACAGAUACAAGAGAAGAGAAGCGGAAAAAGAAAAAACAGAAGAAAUCUAAUGGUUUACAUGCUUGAACCUGACUAAGCAAGCUGAAUUACUGGUAAUGGAAUUGUUUCAUUCAAUGAAUGGGAUCAAUCGGUAAACUCUCAGGUAAGACACACCGGGAAAAUGGCUGCAAGAAUCUCACGUGACUUAUUUGAUUAAAUGCAUUGCCACAAGUCAAACGAAAUUCAUUGCGCCCAGAGAAAGCGGAUGAAUUGCAGAUGCUGUGUUUUGUGGGUUACAGUCGGUUUUUGGCAGUGGCAGUUCUGAGCCACAUUUUACGGUGGUUGGAUGCAGAGGUAUUUUAUUGCCCAUUUGUAAUUUUUGCAUAUUGUUACAAAAUCAACAAAUUUUGAGUGUUAACAUAUAUAUGAUUCUCCAUUGUGAAAAGGAACUUUAAUAUUAUGUGAAACAUGAAUCUAUGAGUAAUGUCUUUAGAAUCCAA